AUGGAGAGUAAUGCCAUCGAAGCCUUGUGUAGACGAUGCCGGUCAUUCGGCCUAGACAAAUACGUUGAGCAAGGGCCUCCAGAGAGAUCCGGGCGGAUUGUCGCCACGGUCACACCCGAUUCAGCUAACGACGGAUGCGCACUCUGUGUCUUAAUCACCGACUUACUCGAGGAAGAUCCAACUGGCAGUGGGCGUCUCGAGCAUGACAAUUCGACGCAGGUGAAUAUCGACCGCAAUGCUCAAUCCGCUAGUGCUGUAGUGCGCCUACACGUAUAUUUCGAGUCGGACUUGGGCCCAAACAUGGUGUAUCUCAAUAUCUUUAGCACUGGCCCUCGGAAAUCGCAACGACUUUUUCUCCUGCAAAAGUCAUUAGCGAAGUCAGCCGGCACGACUUCCGAGUCUGGACAAGAUGUGGAUGCGGACUCGCCUGAUCUCGUCUAUGUCCAGCAGUGGCUCGAUAAAUGCAGAGACAGCCACGCGUUGGUGGCAUCUCGCUUUACGCCGCUACAGACGCGUCCAGGAGCUCCACUUAGAGUCAUUGAUUGUCGAGCCCGUACCGUGAGACUUGCUGAAUUGUAUGAGCCGUACAUUUGUUUGAGUUAUGUUUGGGGAAAGUAUAGCCCCAGCAGCACGUUCGAUGGCGCCGCACUGCCCAACGAUCUGCCCCAGACUAUCGAAGACGCGAUAUUUGUAGCAGUUAAGCUUGGCAUGCCGCAACUCUGGGUGGAUCAGUAUUGUAUCAACCAGGAGGACCUUGAAGAGAAGAUGAAGACAAUCCAAGACAUGAACCUUAUCUAUGGCGGUGCGGAACUCACGAUCGUUGCAGCUAGCGGCGAGGAUGCGUCGGGUGGCUUGCCUGGAAUUCGAGGGACGCCUCGGCAGAUCCGCCGUUUGAUCAAAUCGGGAGAUAAAACUUUCUGGAUGUCGAAAGACAUAUCUAUGUCUUUCAGGAGUUCGAGAUGGAACACCCGUGGCUGGACGUAUCAGGAAGGCCUACUCUCACGCCGCCGUCUCGUCUUCAUAGACGCGCGCUUGUACUGUCAAUGCGACGAGGGUUACUAUGUUGAAGCAUUGAACUCAGGGGUUGAAGACAUCUCCGAGUUUCUAGGCCCUUCGAUUCGGCUCUUCCCACCCGGUGCGAUCUUAACCAUCCCAGAUUUCCUGUACGACAGACUGAGAAACUACUUUCCGCGGAAUCUGUCGUACGGUUUAGAUAGCCUGAAUGCCUUCCAAGGUGUUCUGAAUGCGUUUAAGUCUAAUGAUCAGGGUCGAGAGUGUCCCGUCAAGCAUUUCCACGGCAUUCCAUUUAAAUACAGCCAAUGUUCGCCGCACAUCUCAAUGAAAUCGUUCCUGAGUGGGUUGGCGUGGAGGAUAGACCAUGCAGUCACUCAACAAUGUGCACAAUCCAAAGAGGAAAGUAGCGCGGAUUUUCCGUCGUGGACGUGGGCAUCCUACAAGGCAUCGCAUCCAAACGCCAUGGAACGACUUGUGCUUGAUUACUUUCCUCACUCGUUGUACUACCAAAAGGACAUCGAUGUAUGUAUCUCCGAUCAGAACGCAGAAAGAGUCGGUAUUCAAGAAUUUGUCUUGCGCUCGGGCCCCGAAGGAGACACCACGAACUACUUUCCGCGUAUAUACAUCACUUCCUGGACCAUUAACAGUUGCAUAUCCGGUGGUUCUGGUGAACGUUUGACAUUUCUUGGACUUAAAGGAAAGGAAGAGCUCGUGCAUCUGGACGAGAUCAGCGUGCCAUGGGACGGCAAGGAAGCGGUGGCAGUGUACCUGGGCGGCAUUUCUUUGAGACGCAAGCAUAUAGCAGAAGGGGGAAUACCCUUAGAACAUCUCCGCUUUGUGUUUAUGUUGGUACGCGAGGCAGGACCUGAGACGUACAGCCGCAUUGGCUUGUCGCUAAGAAACGUGGGAGUUUCUGGCCCUUGGUCCAUUCCUGCUGCGAAGCAGAAAACAGAGCCAGGCGACCCCCAUAACAAUUCUGGUAGUGAUGACAAGCUACCGACCCCAUCACAAGCAUACAGAACCCCGGCGCCUCCAGAGCCUGUGCAGAACGACCAUCCAAAGCCAUUGCAGGACGAAGCUACGAAGCCGCUGCACAAGAUGCGAUUCAAAAAUUCCCAGAGGAUCUCCACAAAGAAACCACAGAAACACUCAUGCAGUCAAACGCAGGAUGCUGAUCCUCUCCUACAACUUCUCCCAGAUACUCUACAGCUUUUGCCAUCUUUGCUCAAGACACGACCGGCUUGCCUCUUGAAGUCUAGCCCAGAUGAUGUAUCCAAGACACCAAAGAAGUGGACCGGCAUUGGUAGUCUCGAAACGAAGAUGACUCCAUGGUCCAUUUAUGCAAAUCUUGAUCUGGGAACAAAUUCCUUGCCUGAAGAUCGAUCUGAGAUCUCUGUCAGCGUCGUCUUUCUUGUUGCAUUCAAUGGUGUGACCCUCCUCGAAUUUCCCGUAAAUGCGGAAAAACACUCGACCCCAACAUUUCAAUUCACAUUGAAAUUUUCCGUGAAGUUGGUCAAGAAAGACGAAGACGACGACCAUCUUCCACGGUGCAUCAAAACUUUUGAAUAUAGCAAAUACGAAGCCUUCUAUUCGUCUGCUGAUUUAGUACCGCCUGAAGCCCAAGUGGGCAAAAGCAUUCGAGACCAGCUAAUCGUAAUGGAUUGGUACAGUGAGUGUGCUGAGCUAUCGGGUUCGCAGAGUCCGGCAAGCUUUAGGGAAGCUCAUAAACGCUCUGGCAAGUAUCCCGAUUCAGUAUUUGUCGCACUUGACAUCAUGGAAAGUAUAUUUCGCCAGGGGGGGCACGUUCGCCUCAUCUACGACGUCGAUCACGAUUUUAGCGACAUCAUUGAAGAUAUCGCUAUGCCUGAUAUCAAGAACAAGAAUCCCGCAAAGAUCAAGCACCUUCUCCGAGCUCUCGAUGACCUGGGCCGAAGCAUCGACUACUUCGCCCUGGACCUCUGUUUUACGGAACUCCAGAGCAGUCUCAACACGUUGUGUGCCGAGGGAUUCAAUCAUGUCCACUGCCAUGGACUAUUGGGGACAUACGACGAUGGGCGUGCCUGGAUGCAACUCCCCGAGAACUUUCAGCGGUCCAAAUGUUUGGUCUCCCCAGGAUCUUUGAUCGGUAACUUCACCCCUCACGAAGCAGUGGAGUUCCUUUCUGUGUACGUAGAGACCCUUCGAUAUCGUGGGCCACCAUCAGAACGGCACCAAGUUCAGCCAGAGUCACUAUUCAUUAUCGGGCUGGAUUCAUGCAAGACUGCUGAGACCGUUCACCGAGCCUACAACGAUCUUGGUGGCUUCAAUGCCCGGUUCAACAUGAACUCAUUAGAGCAUGCCAACCAAGUCCUGGGUUACAAAGCUUUCCGGACCGAAGAAUGGACCGUACGAGGCGAGUGGGAUGACCGAACAAGGUGCUUUAAUCAAUCACUAAUUCUGGUUAUUGAUGUCAUGUUCGAAGGUAUUUGCUUGAAAGCCGGCGAAAAGGUGCAUGUCUCGCAUAGCUAUAAAUAUGAUGCUAUACAAAAGGUACAGCUUUGGCGGCAGGCGGGACUCAAGGAGCUAGCAGGAUGGAGAUGCAAGGACUCAUAUUACGGUAAGACGCCCUCCAUUCUUUCGGCCUGCUCUGUUGUACCAGGCAAAUGA